CGGCGACAAGUGAUUGUGCAGAAAGAUGGGGCACUCUAACAUCUGGAACUCUCACCCUAAAACCUACGGCCCUGGAUCCCGCACCUGUCGGGUUUGCGGAAUUCCACAUGGAUUGAUUAGAAAGUACGGUCUGAUGUGCUGCAGACAGUGCUUCCGCAGCAACUCCAAGGAAAUUGGCUUCAUUAAGGUAUUUUCUCCACCCCUUCAAUUUUCUUUCUUUACUAAGUUUUGUCUAUUUUCUUACAUGACAAAUUUAUCGAUUUUUUCUUAUGUUGGAUUUCUAGAAGAUGAUUGGUGA